GGAAAGCACUCAGUCCUCAGUGCCUUUCAGCCUCGAGCCGUGCGCGAUGCGACCCAAGUUAUAGGCGAAGAUGUACCACCUUCUGGGGCGCACGUAUGACGUGGCGCCAUGUUGGCCCCCAAUGGUCUGCAUGGACGCAGAGCCUCAGCCGCGUGAAAAGGCGGACAGCCGCCAGACGGCUCGCUCCAUUCCUCCCGCUCCCUGACGACCUCGACUUUCUGACAACGCAUGUUCGCGUGAGAUCACAUUCCCGGUACCGCCAACCGUUCUCACAGUUGCAUUUAUUAGUGGCUCUGAGGUGAACUUGUGGGGUUCGCUCGAUGGCUGAAAAUAUCGGUUCCGUUGAGUUGAGCAGCCUAUCACAAAUCGGGACAGCCUCUGCAACGACAAACGGGAAGUCAUCGGCACCGAGUCCUACUGCAGGGAGCGACAAUGUAGUCGGAUCUUGGUUGUGUGCUGAUGGUGAAUAUCAGCGAUACAUCACAGCUCUCAGUAGCUCCAACCCUAGCUUAGCAAAGCCGGAUCCGAACAACAAAAAGAAUCCUCUGAGGAACGGAAAUGCACUCGUUGUUCUUCUAGACGCUCCAGCAACUGGCCCAACUCGCUUUGAGAAGACCGAGUUCACACAGAGCCUACUUCGGGCCCAUUUCGAGGAGGCGUCGCACAAUCUAAAGCAUGACCGACGACGCAUCUACCUGAUGGAAGGACUAGCUCCCGAUUAUGUCUCAAUGGUCGGCGGUCAUUUCUUCAUGGAUCCGACAUUUUUCCAGCGACACGAAAGAACAUGUGUUUGGAGUGACAAGUUCACACCUGUUAGUGAUGCACUACCACUGCCAAGUUCACUCGAGCCUGAUACGAGUUUUCAUUUGCAGUAUUGCGAGUUGAGAGAGUUCAAUAUGCGGCUUGAGACUGUACCUUACUUUUGCAAUCGCACGGGGAGGCAUGUUGGGCUGACCGCUCCAAGGCCAGAUAGCACGACUGGAAUUGUACGACGCAAGGUUGGUUGGUGGUCACAAGAGACUGGCAAUGGAGGCUGGGAUGUCGUGAUUCUCUGUGAUCCUAGAAUUGAUCGGCUCCGUGGGAAUCCUAGAGUAAAACUCGAAGGCGAGUCUGAGCCUAGUUUGAUCAUCGAUCCAGAUAACAACCUCGAAAACGGGCCGUUCCAAGGAGGAUACAUUGACUUUUUGCCGACUGUCACUCGUGAUCUCGCAAAUACUGGCAGACCCCAUCCUCACGAUUCAAUGCUCCGCGACCUCAUCUAUUACUUUGAAAAGUCCUCCCAUCUCAUUACAGAGGAAGCUUGGAAAACCCCGAGCUCCUCCGCUCUGUUUCUGAAGAAGAUUGUCGCAGCACACUAUCACCAACUGGUUGACUACAUCAAAGUCAUGCUGCCUUCCCUCGAACUGAAGUUGACAACUGCAUGGAUCGAAGAACAAGAUCAUUGGAGAUAUCUGCAAACCAUAUCUCGCCGGUGCGGUAACUAUCGCGACGAUAUCGAGGAUACACUGUUCAGCUUAGGAUAUUCACUUGAACCGCCAUCAAAAGUCAGAGCUGGGAAGUGGGAGGAUUGUGAACGGGAUUUUCAAUAUUUAUAUUUCCGCCUCAAGCUUCUGAAAGAGCGUACUGACAGUCUGAUGCAAGCCAUGACUGGCUUGGCUAGCAUCGCAGGAAACCGACAAAACCUGGAAGAAGCAAAACGCGUCCAACGUCUUACCGGUCUUGCCUUGUUCUUUGUACCGCUGGCCUACACUAGCAGUCUGUUCAGCAUGCAAGACAACUAUGCGCCUAACAAAGGAAAGUUUUGGGUCUACUGGGUAUCUGCAAUCGGUGUUGUACUUGUCACUUUCAUACUCGCAAUGGUAGCGGACAGGGCACUUGACGAUACGGCGAGAUGGAGUUGGAAACAUGUCAGUGAUAAACAUCUCCCGUUUUGGAAAGGAAAAGGGAGCCCGGGAAAGGUAAAAAGGAAAACGACAGGGAUUCACGGUCCUGCUCGGCGUUGAAUGUUCUUCUUUCGCGUGUACGUUCAUGAGAUUAGCGCCAUUUUCUCACGCAUUUCCUAGGUGUUUUGAUAGCGUGUUUUUAGGCAAUUUGUCUGGGCCAUCAGUGGUGUUUAUCAAAACUUAGGUAUCUAUCAUCAAAUAUCGUUGUACCCGUCUCAAUAUGUCUUUAUCACAUCCAACAGUUUUCUCUUACUCAAUGGAAC